AUGUUUGGAAUGUCAAAUACUAAUCAAAGUGAUCUCAAGAACAUCUUUUCAUUUGUAGAAAAUUGUAAUGGGUUUUUCCUUCACUCACACUGUGAAAUAAGGCCUUCUCAGCACGGUGGCUUGGGAGUAUUUGCUACCCAAGAUAUUGAAGCAGAUACAGUGCUCUUAAGAGUUCCAAAGAGCUCGAUAUUUUCGGCUCCCAAUAGCAGUAUAGCAAACCUACUUUUUGACGAAGGCAUAGACGGGAUGCUUGCUCUGAACAUUGCCUUCAUUUAUGAAACUACAGUAUUCAAGAACGACAGUCAUUGGUUCAAAUACUUAGACAGCAUAAAACCUACAGAUGAUCAAGGAAAAUUAAUCUUACCGCCAUCGUGUUGGCCAGCUGAAAGUAAAGUGGCACUGAAGGGUACAGCGUUGGAUCUGUUUUAUGAUGCUCUGAACCCGGAGGAAGAAGUAGAAGAAGGGUUUGAAAUUGCAAUGGAUCUGGCGUAUAAAUGGCAAGCAGAGGCACAUUUGCCGAUCCCGCCGGCUCUGAGCAGAGGUGUCAAUGCCAAAACGCAGUUCCUCUAUUUUGUAGCAGUUGCAUAUGCUUUGUCAUCAAGGGUCUUCGAGAUAGACGGUUAUCAUGAAAGUGCACUUGUUCCAAUAGCAGAUCUUUUCAACCAUCAUCCCACUGCCCCUAAUGUCGCAUUCGAAUCAAUUACUGACGUUUGUGAAAAAUGUGGUGAGGUGGACAAUUGCGGCCAUAUUAUAGCGGAGAUUCACCUUCCUGAUGAUCAACCGGCUGACGAACCUUUGCCGUCCAACUCGGACAACAUCACUAUUAGUCCCUCCUUAAUAGAAGAACUUGAAAUGGCCCCACAAAAUUUUCAAGACCAUGAACAGCAUCCAACCUCCCGAAGAGAUUCAACGGAGUCUUCAUCAAAUCGUCUUCAUCCUUACAUCCAACUCCAAUCAUCUUCCCUCCAUCCCGAUAACUGUGUGGAUAUACAAUUAAUCACUCCAGUUAGAGAGGGCCAAGAAAUUUACAACUCUUACGGUGAAUUGACAAAUUCACUACUACUAGCCAGGUAUGGUUUCUGUAUUAAAAAUAACCCGCACGAUGUCGUACCCUUCUACCUUGAAUUUAUGAAACUACGUGACAAGUCAAGAAAGCUAGAAGAACGAUUCAUCUGGUGGGAAAAACUCGGCAACAAAUCCUUUUGCGAUUGGCUGAAUUAUAACAAUAGCAGCCUCGAGGAUGAUGAUAACGAUGGUACUAGUGAUAAUGAAAAUUACAUAAAUUCUUCAAGUCACCAUCAAACAAUAACUCCAUGGUACCACCAACUCUAUGUAAACGCAAAAUCAGAGCCCAGUCCCCACAUGACUACUCUACUAACUUUACUAGCGCUCAAUCAAUUAGAGUGGAGAAAAUUCCAAUGCCUGCAUCACCACAAUAAUAAAAUCUGGGCAAAGUUUCACCUUCUGUACUCCAACAGACAAAGAAAUCGGAAAACUUAUCCCCUCUUGCGCAAAAUUCUCUCAUACAAGAAACCUCUUUCCUUGCCUGUUCGCAAAGCUAACGACAACGACGACUCUUUGCUAAGAGCAGUCGCAAUACUCGUAGAACACGAAAAUGCUAUAGUCGCUAACCUAUUUCCUCAUUUGGUCUAUAAAUAG